AGUUGAUUACUCAGCGCGCAGUCAUGCAGGCUGCUCGCUCCCCCGCCGCGCAAUCUCGUGGUGUUUCGCGUCGGGCCGCACGCAGCUGAGUCGCCUGGCGACCAUACGUUUGAUCGGUGCGCGAGCCUUAUACAAUUAAAAAUAAAAAAUAUAAACACGUUUCCGAACGUGAAUUCGAAAUUCAAAAACUCGGUCAAAGGAAAUUCUCGUGUUUGGACUUGUCAAAAUUGUGUCAAAUUUUUAUUAAUGUUUUGUGUUGAUAAUGUUUAAAAUCGUGUGUAAUAUUUGAACUGCUAGCCGGUAGACGCAUUAAUUGUAUUUGUUUAUUGGUCCUGGACGUAAAACAGUUAAAAAACUUAAAUUUUCGCGAUCUUCCACACUUUGUUCUUCUGUGACAAAAUGGAAAAAGGCGGUGGUUCGAGACUGCUGCAAAUGCAGGCGAGGUUCCAGCAGAAACAGAUGCAAGAGCGCGAGCUGAAGAUCGCGUCGCUUUACGAGGCGCAGCAGGCGCGUGCUCUGGACCGCGUGCGGCACUCGCCCAGCAACGGAGUCAGCGUGACAGCCACGUCGCCGACACAGCCGCAGCCACACCAGCCUGGGAAGGUCCGACAAAUGUUCGAAGAGCGUCGAACGAAAGCCGGCAUAGACAAGAGCUAUCCGCUCCAGCCGAUACAAAACACUGACAAGGCGAUGCGCAAGCCGCUGCCGAACGGGUACGCGAAGGUCACCACUUCCACCACCAGCACCAGGGUUCUCGAGAAGAAGUCCACAAAGAGUCACAGCACGGUUGCCACACACACCAUUAAGAAACAGCAGAAAAUAGAGAACAUAGUGAACGGGUCCGGCGAUUUGAACCACAAUCACAAACCGGACUUGAACCCUAUCAAGCAACAACUGCCACAAAGCAACGGCGAAGUGAUACCGAGCACAGACGAGACAGACAAGCCUGACAAGGUGGAGAACAACAACGAAAUGCUGGAAAACGAGACGUUCCCUGAAGCGCUGGCGCCGACACCCACGCCGCAAACACCGGAGCCGAUUACGGAAGUGUUACAACCUAAGAGGAGUACUCCAAUCAAAACAACAAGUCCGGUUAAAACGAAACAACAGUCCGUUACAUCACCGCCGCGAAGGAUCACAAAUGGAACUACUGUAUCGGACAGCAAUAAGGCCCGCGGGGCUAUGCAGAGGGCGGCCAACCCAGUAUCAAAAAAACACCCAGUGAAGUCGAGUGGUCCCAGCACCCCGCCGACCCCGAAGGCCCGGGCGGCGACGGCGGCGCCCUCGAGCGGCUCGGGUGCGGCGUGCACCAUCUGCGGCAGACACUUCGCGCCCGACCGCGUCGCCAAGCACCAGGAGAUCUGCAAGAAGUCGCACACCAAAAAGCGGAAGCCGUUUGACGCGCUCAAACAUCGGCUGGCGGGAACAGAAGCGGAACCGUUCAUCAACAAGCUGCGCAAGAGCACGACGACCCCGUCGACGACCAAGGUGAACGCAAAGCCGCUGAACAGCAGCUGGAGGCAGAAGCACGAGGAGUUCAUACAGGCGAUACGCGCCGCCAAACAGGUGCAGGCGCAUCUCAACGCGGGCGGUAAACUAAGCGACUUACCUCCACCGCCGCCGUCUGAAAACCCAGACUACGUCCAGUGUCCUCACUGCAACAGACGUUUCAACCAAGGCGCCGCCGAACGACAUAUACCCAAGUGCGCCAACUACCAGUUCAACAAACCCAAACCAGCUGCCAGAAGGCGGUAACCGACCAAAACAAAUGCCAAUCAGUUCCCAUGGUCGCCAACUGGGAACUGUGGUAACUGAUUGGCGGUUGACGACUGGUUCUACAAUCAAAUUGAAGCCAGGCCAUUCCGUACCUAAUUUGUUGCUGAAAUUAAGCAACUUAUUGGUAAUUGUGAUUACUGGUGAUACAAUUCGAUUGCUGUUACAAUCCAUUGGUUACUGGAGAGCUUUUACAUAAAUAAUGUUAUCGUGGUAGCAGUUUGCUAGUAAUAAGUUUGUGGUGACCGAUUGGUCGUGGUAGCAAAUAACAACGUGCUAUAUUAACUUUGAAUUACAAUAGAUUUAAUUCGUACAGCGUUCUCUCUGCAGUAUCAACAGUAUUUCUAUAUUAGUUCCUAGAUUCCUUUUGAUGUUAAAAUGCCUGAUGUCGCGGAGUGCAAGGGUAACACUACCUCGGGCUGGAUCCUCGACGCUCUCAUGCAGAUUAUAUUCACUUACACCCUAAUCUACUUGGUUAAAGUUUUCUACGACAUAAUCAGUCCUAACUUGCCUAACUACUGACAAUAAGAUCUGCAAAUUUUGUUGCUUUAUUCAAUAAUUUUAGAGCUUCUUUUACUCCAAUUUUAAUUUUAUAUUUUUACUAUUCAAUUACUUGUUUAAACCAUUCAUCAAUAUUUCUAGUCUUGUCUCAAAUAUUGAUUUCAUUGCAAAAUGAAUGACUUUGAUGAUUCCGUGGAGAAACAGUCCCGGUUGCUCAACAUCGCAUCGAAUAAAGUAUUUUGUCCCGUGAGUCAAAGAAAUGUGUACACUUUGAAAGACUUUGUGCUGCGGAUGUGGCUCGCCACUGUAUUGUACUAUGCUAUAUGGAUGGUUAUAACCUUUAUCCACGACUAUACUUGCACGCAUCGGUCGAGAAACCGUCUCGACGUUUCUAGAAGAGCAGCGCAGGACGUCAUUGUGACGUCAUUAUCUCAAUAUCGGAUCUAUUAUAAGCGUAUAACAGAAGUAUAGCUAUGAAAAUAUAUACGGCGCGGAAGCGACGAAAUUGCGACCAGGGAUCCAAAAUGCUGGUCGCAAAGUCGUCUGCCUAGUAUAAGUUAAAAAGACAUUAUGACAAGAUUUUGUAAGUCAAUUCAUGUUGUACAAAUAAUGCUUUUUAAACAUGUUAACAUACGCAAUGUUACUGGAAUCUUUAAAUAUACUUUAAUAUUUGGUAA